UUUCUAGACAUCUAUGUUCCUGAGUUCUGCCUGACGGAAACGUAGGACGUCAGGCAGAUUCCAGAUUGCUCUUUGGGGUUAUGUGCUAAGAUCAUCAUUUGAAAUUUCAAUAUUUGAUUUUUAUCUUGUUCUCAGAGGACAUUGAGGUUGAAACUAGAGGAAAACAUAAUUAUCAACGCAAGUAUGAAAGCAACGAAUGAUAGUGCUGAGUAUAAAAUAACAUGUCAAAUGAAAACUUUGGGAUCAUUCAUUGAAAAAUACGUAAAACUAUAUGAAAGUUCAACUUCCACAUUUAAAGUAUUAGACAAUGAACAAUUGAAAAAAUCUUUUCAAUUAGCUCUUGCUAUAGAGAAAUUCUUUGAUCAUAUUGAAAAGAAAGGUCAGUCUGAGAUGUCAAAUGGUCUAAUACGUACUGUGUUGGCAGACAAAAAAUUGUCCCCUACCUUUGACAUCACUAUUUUAAAAAAAGCAUGCAAUUAUUUAUUGGAAAAAAUGUUUUUGAGUAAUGAAUAUUCUUUGAGUAAAAUUGCUGUUGCUGUAAGAAUAUAUACUUCAAUGUUGCCUUCCUAUCGCUAUGAAGAGUUUUUGUGCGAUUUACUUAUGGAAUCUGCUUCAUACAAAGCUAUCGAAGAAUUCAUCUUUGAGAAUAAGAUUGUAGAUAUUAAGAGCUUACAAUUCAAAAUACUUAUGAAUGAAUGGGUAAUUGAACAUAAAAAAGGCAAAACAAAUGAACUUGUUGCUUUAAUUCAAGAUAUGAUGUCACAGUACAAAGUUAAACAAUCUUUAUAUGCUCUUAUUGGAAUUAUUGCUUCAGAAACUGAUUCUGAAGAGGAGAGUUUGGUCAGAGAAAUUGUACUGAAAGAAGUUUUAGAUAAAAUGUUUUGUAGAAGUAUUUUGAGUGAAAAUUUUUGGUUAAUUUUAUUCAAAGUGGAUGAUAAUCUACUUUUAAAUGCUUGUAAAUCAUCAGAAGAGUUUCAUGUGUCUAUAUGUAAUUUUCUUAUAUUUAUUGGCUCCAUGAUGGAUAAGAUAGAAGAUCAGGGAGACACAAUGUGGGUGCCUAAUUCAGUUACCUCAAUUUUCCCAAAUAUUACAUAUGAUAUUUUGGUGUCAGUACUUGGACCUUUGUGUAGUUUGAAUUUUUCUAAAAGAUCAGUUACUUUGAAAAAAUUAUUGCAGGCAGAAGAAGAUACGGAAUGUGAAAUAUGGAGACAUAUACUACUACAAUUGUGAUCUGUUAAUAUUAUGAUGUUAUUUUAUAUAUUUGUUUAUUUAUCAAUGAUUUAAUUUAUAUAUGGAAAGUAUCAAUAGAGUAAAUGAUAAAGAUAGGAAA